AUGGCUGAGACCAUAACCACUCCAGUGAAGAUCAACCCAAAUUCCCAAAUUGCCCCUUCCAAGCCUAAGAUUAUUGACUCUUCAUCUCUCAAUAAGAAGCUGAUCCCUAGCUCAAACAAGCACACACCCGAUUCUAAGAUGAAAUCUGUUACUACUGUCACUAAAUCUGAGGUGAAAUCAAAACCAAUGACAAUGUCGUCGUCAUCAUCGAAAACCACGACUACUACGAAGACGACGAAGAGGAAAACUACUACUACCAAAGUGAGAGAGAGGAAAGUCUACAGUUUGCCUGGCCAGAAACAUGAUCCGCCUGAAGAGAAAGAACCCUUGAGGAUUUUCUACGAGUCAUUGUCGAAACAGAUACCGACGAGUGAAAUGGCAGAAUUUUGGUUAAUGGAGCAUGGAUUAUUGUCUCUUGAAAGAGCUAAGAAAGCAUUUGAUAAGAAGCAGAGAAAGCAAAAGGAGCUUCGUACAGGAACUCCGGCUAAGUCGUCGUCAAAGCCCCCAACUAAAACCGUAACUUCACAGAAGCCGCAGCCGAGACCAAAUAAUACUGGAUCUUCAGAGAAGCCACAACCGAGACCAAAUAAUACUGGAUCUUCACAGAAGCCGCAGGAGAGAUCAAAUAAUGGCGAUGUUAAAGCCAAGAGAAAAAUCGAGAGUGACAGUGAUGACGACGACGAUGACGAUUUCAUUUUAAGUCAUAAAAGAAGAAGAGUGUAA